AUGGCAGAACAACUCGCAUUCAACAAGCCUAAGGUGGAGCUACAUGUGCACCUCGAUGGAGCGAUACGAGUGGAGACCAUUAUGGAUGUUGCGAAGAGGCGCGGAAUGACCCUGCCCGCGGCGACAGUGGAUGAGAUGAGAGAUCUAUGUUCGUUAAAGGAACCUGCCACGCUCACGGAAUUCCUCAGCAAAUUCGACCAUUACGUACCUGUCGUUGCGGGGGACAGGGAAGCCAUUAAGCGAAUAGCCUACGAGUUUGUGGAGGACAAAGCCAAACAGGGAGUGAUUUACGUGGAGGUCAGAUACAGCCCCCAUCUUCUGGCCAACAGGGAUGUGGAGCCCAUACCUUGGCAGCAGAAACAAGGGGACCUGACGCCUGAUGAAGUGGUGAAUUCGGUGAACCAGGGCCUGAGUGCAGGGGAGAAGGCGUUUAAAACUAAAGCCAGGUCCAUCCUGUGCUGCAUGCGUCACAUGCCGAACUGGUCCUCAGACGUGAUAGAGUUGUGUAAGAAGUACUGUGAUGAUGGAGUGGUAGGAAUAGACCUUGCAGGAGAUGAGCUGAUGGACACAGAGUCUUACCCUGGACACAGGAGAGCUUAUGAGGAAGCAGUUAAAUCUGGGAUCCACAGAACAGUGCAUGCAGGGGAAGUGGGUCCGGCCUCAGUGGUGUGGGAGGCCGUCGAGAUUCUGAAAGCAGAGCGCAUAGGUCAUGGCUACCACGUCACCGAGGACCAAGCACUGUACAAACGAUUACUGGACCAAAACAUGCAUUUCGAGACGUGUCCACUCUCCAGCAGACAGACGGGGGCUUGUGAUCCAGACUUCACGAAACAUCCUCUUAUCAGGUUCCAGGUGGACAAGGCCAACUACUCGCUGAACACAGACGGCCCUUUGGUUCUGAACUCCGACCUGAAUCUAGAUUAUGAGGUCGCGCAGAAAUACAUGGGCUUCACAGAGGACGAAUUCAGGAGAGUGAACGUGAAUGCAGCAAAGUCAUGCUUUUUACCUGAGGGAGAGAAGAGGGAGCUACUGCGUCAGCUGUGUGAAGCCUAUGGGAUGGUGGGAGAUGCGUCUCCCUGAGCCAAUGACCUGAGAGCCGCCUUUUUAAAAAAAAACAACAACAACAACAAAAAAACAAACAGCAAACAGCCCGGGCAGAUGUGCCGCUGCUUACCCGGGUUACCCUAGUAACGAAAGCUGUCACGUACUUACAAAGACAUC